UCCCGCGGGCGGCGGGCGUGGGAGGGGCCACCUCGGUGCCCCGCCCCCGCCUCUGUGACGUCGGCUCCGGAAAGUGGAAUCCCAGCUGCGGGAGCCGAGACCAGGGAGGCGGCGGCGUCUCGGGGGCGCGGGGCGCAACCAUGAGCGUGAGCGAGGCCAGCGCCAGCGCGGUCCUGCCCGGCAGGCCUGGCAGGCAGCCGGUCACACACCAAGAGAACCCCUCUCUGGACUCCAGUUGCUUCUCCUCUCCACCUGUCAACUUCCUUCAAGAAUUGCCAAGCUACCGGUCCAUUGCACGCAGGAGGACAAACAUCCUUAGCCGGGACAAGCCAAGUGGCAUUCUGCUGAAGCCGACAGACUCUUAUGGCUCCAACCUGGAGGAAGGACUCACUGAUAAUCUCAAUAGCCAAUCCAUUCGAAAGUAUGCGCUGAACAUCUCCGAGAAGCGGAGACUAAGGGACAUUCAGGAGACCCAAAUGAAGUAUCUCUCCGAGUGGGAUCAAUGGAAACGGUAUAGCAGCAAGUCUUGGAAGAGAUUCCUGGAGAAGGCUCGCGAGAUGACGACCCAUCUGGAGUUGUGGCGAAAUGACAUUCGCAGCAUAGAAGGGAAAUUUGGCACUGGGAUUCAAUCCUAUUUCUCCUUCUUGCGGUUCUUGGUGUUGCUGAAUUUGGUGAUAUUUCUGAUCAUCUUUAUGCUGGUUUUGCUCCCAAUCUUACUUACCAAAUACAAGAUCACCAACAGCAGCUUUGUGCUCAUUCCAUUCAAAGACACAGAUAUACAAUGCACAGAAUAUCCAAUAAGUAGCUCUGGACUCAUUUACUUUUACAGUUAUAUCAUAGACUUGCUUUCUGGAACUGGUUUCUUGGAGGAGACCAGCCUCUUUUAUGGACAUUACACCAUCGACGGCGUGAAAUUUCAGAACUUCACCUAUGAUCUUCCCCUGGCUUAUGUGUUAAGCACAAUUGUCUACCUGGCCCUGAGCCUUAUUUGGAUAGUGAAAAGGUCAGUGGAAGGGUUCAAAAUCAACCUGAUUCGGAGUGAGGAGCACUUCCAGAGUUACUGCAACAAGAUCUUUGCUGGCUGGAACUUCUGCAUCACCAACCGCACCACUGCGGAUCUGAAGCACAGCAGCUUGAGGUACGAGCUCCGGGCAGAUCUGGAGGAAGAAAGAAUACGGCAGAAAAUAGCAGAAAGGACCUCAGAAGAAACGAUACGCAUUUACUCUCUGAGACUGUUUUUGAACUGUAUUGUUCUGGCUGUUUUAGUCGCGUGCUUUUAUGCGAUCUAUAUAGCAACUAUCUUCUCGCAAGAACACAUGAAGAAAGAGAUUGACAAGAUGGUUUUUGGAGAGAACCUCUUGAUAUUGUACCUACCAUCUAUCGUGAUCACACUGGCCAAUUUUAUCACCCCCAUCAUUUUCGCCAAGAUCAUCCACUAUGAGGAUUAUUCCCCAGGUUUUGAGAUCCGGCUUACAAUUCUUCGGUGUGUCUUUAUGCGGCUGGCCACCAUCUGUGUGCUGGUGUUCACGCUGGGCUCCAAGAUCACGUCCUGUGAGAACGGCACGUGUGAACUCUGUGGCUACAACCAGAAACUCUACCCAUGCUGGGAGACCCAAGUUGGGCAGGAAAUGUACAAGCUGAUGAUCUUCGACUUCAUCAUUAUCUUGGCUGUGACGCUCUUUGUGGAUUUUCCCAGAAAGCUCCUCGUGACCUACUGUUCCUCAUGGAAGCUGAUUCAGUGCUGGGGACAGCAGGAGUUUGCCAUUCCUGAUAAUGUCCUGGGGAUCGUUUAUGGGCAGACCAUUUGCUGGAUUGGGGCCUUUUUCUCACCUCUUCUUCCUGCAAUUGCAACCUUGAAAUUCAUUAUCAUCUUUUAUGUGAAAGAGUUGAGUCUUCUUUAUACCUGCAGACCCUCCCCCAGGCAGUUCAGAGCGUCCAAUUCUAAUUUCUUCUUCCUGUUGGUAUUGUUGAUCGGGCUGUGUUUGGCAAUAAUACCUCUGACAAUCAGCAUGUCACGCAUCCCAUCCUCUAAGGCCUGUGGACCAUUCACCAACUACAAUACCACCUGGGAGGUCAUCCCCCAGACGGUGGGCACCUUCCCCAGCUCGCUGCAAUCCUUGGUCCAUGGCAUCACAUCAGAAGCCUUUGCAGUUCCUUUCUUCAUGAUCAUCUGCCUCGUUAUGUUUUACUUCAUCGCCCUAGCUGGGGCACACAAACGUGUGGUCGUCCAGCUCCGAGAGCAGCUGUCCCUGGAAAGUCGUGAUAAACGUUACCUCAUCCAGAAACUAACAGAAGCCCAAAGGGACAUGAAGAACCAACCAGCAAAGACCGAUGAGGAACCCACCGGCAUAGACUGAGCGGGCCAUUGCUGUUGCCUGUUGCUUCUCAGCUGAUGUGCUGGCUCUGUCAAGUCCAUGAAGUCCACCAGGGUUUUCAGAGGAAAUUUCAAAAUAUAUUUUUUGCAGUUUAGGCUCUUCCUGAGCGUGGCUCCAUAUGUGUACCUGUGUUUACCUAACCCAGCCCUUAUGACUUCAAAAACCAGGGCAAACCUGAGCCUUUUCCUGGAGACCAGCAGCUCAGUUGAUGACUCUACCAUUAACUUAUUAAGUUAUUCAAGCUUUUACAGGAACUGAGGAGAGACUUCUCUGUCUUUUAAGAGCUUAUUUGUGUCAUCUUUUAAAGUUAGCUUUAGAGCUUAUUGUUCACGAGGAUGGAUUAUUUCCUGUGAACCAUGUUGUAGGGGUUUUAGGCUGAGGAAUAUUCCUUAAGAAGCAGUGACCCUUUUCAAAGGUUUGGCUGACUUAAAACAUGAUACAUAUAUUUUUUUUAAUGAGCAGAAGUCCUUAAAUAGUGAGGUUGGAAACAAAUGGUGAGAAUAUAAAGAGGAUGGUUAUGUUAUUUCAGCUCAUAGUAGUAGUAAUAGGAAAUAAAAAUCCCAUCCCUACUGUGCGAAUAGUCCUUGAAUGACCUGGAUUAAACCUCAUGAGGAAGGGAAUUGCUGCAGCAUGGCUGUUUUGAUUUUUUAGCUUUCAGAGCAUUUUGCUGUAGCCUCAUUUAUUACUCAGGAGAAGACUGUCUUUAGGGGGUUAGUUAUCCACAAGCCUUCAGUUCCCAUCUAGUCCUGAGUUCUCAGACUUGAGGAGGACCCAGUGCCUUCAAAGUAAGAGACAGGUAAAGUUUGUCUCUCAGACUUCCAAAUGCCAUUUCCCUUCCUGGUAUACACUGAGGCCUGCAUUUCUGAAGGACACUUAUACAAUUUCAGAGCCAGGCUGGAAAGGGCAGUUUGACACUGGAGCUGAGAGUUUAUGUAAGAGUUUGGAGAUGUGGGUUGCCAUUCAGCCAAUAAUCUGACCAGCCCAUGAAUGUGUACUGAGCUGAACUGGGGGCUGGUUUCUUAAAAUGUGUCCACAUUUUUAAGGACUAUCAUUUUCCUAUGCUUACAAUUUUAAACGCGUGUGCCUUUGUUUUACAAAACAUGCAGAAUAUCUAAGAUUUCUGUUACUGUAACAGCCAUAUGCGAUAAAUACCUCAUCACAAGCUUACCAGAAAUUGAAAGCUCUGAACCUUUUAACAAAAGCCUAAGUUAUUGUUUAACGUAAUCGCUUUGUAUUUUAAUAUCUUCAAAAUAUUUUUCAAAGUACUGUAGUUUCGUAAUGGACUGUUGGAGCCUUUCUUCCGUUAUUUUUCUUUCAGUGGCUCUAAACCUUUCCUGAGGAGUAGCCUGGAACUUAAAGUGGGGGCAGGUGUUAGAAAGCUGCCACUAUUAAGAAUAAUCCCCACCCCUACUUCCAUUCCUCAAAAAUGAUUGAUUCCUUGCUCCAAAGACCAAAGAUACUAUUCUUGUCCCUUUGCCACAACUGUUUUCUUGUUCUUCCACAAAGAUAGUAUUAGCAUGGGAUAAUUACCUGUGAGAUCAAUGAGCCUUUCACCUUGCAGUCUUGUUAAAGUUUUUAAGUGUCUAAAUCUAAUAACUGGUAUCGUGAAAUUCUGAAUAACUCACAGUUCACCCAACCUUACUUUAAAACAAAUUCUGAUUAUACAUAUUUUAGCCCAGUGCCUCUAUAAUACAAUUUUCUUGUCUUCAGCAUGCUUCUGAAGACCCUUGAAUUUUCUAUUUGUGUGUGUGUGUGCGAGAUGUACACAAUGAAAAUAUAUGGCUGUUUUCUUUCCCUAUUAUAAAAGUGAUACUGAAAUAUGCUAACUACUAUAUUAGUUUUAGCUAGAUGCUGCUAAUUUAUAUACCUCGUACUUGAAUUUUUUAUAUGUUUUGGUAACUUUAAUAACCAGAUGAUGUCUGUAUUAUUUUUAAAGUACAGCUCUCUGACAAAUGUGCAUUAAAACUACUGA